AUGUUGGCUGCGAGAUUUAAUGACGAGGAAGUUAUAGAAUUUCUUAUCGAAAGAGGUGCCUCUCCAGAAAUGGAAGAUUAUCAGCAUCGUACUUCAUUUCAUUAUGCCGCUGAAGGUGGAAAAGUAAGAAAUGUUUUACGACUGAUCGAGCGUGGUGUUAAUGUUUUGCAAACAGAUGAAAGCGGUUACUCAGCUCUACAUUUGGCUGCUUCAAAUGGCCAUACAAAUGUUGUUCGUCUGCUUAUUGAACAUGGUGCUGACGUUAAUGAAGUUGCACAUUCUUCUGAUAACUCUGGGUGCACGCCUGUUAUGUUAGGUGCAGAGAAGGGACACUUGCGGACUGUUCAGGUUUUGCUACAGAAUGAAGCAUACUCGAAUAAAGGAAACGGGAAUACCUGGCUGCCAUUGCACUCUGCCGCUAAAGGAGACCAUACAGAAGUUCUUAAGUUCCUUCUUAAACGUGAUGGAAAUGUCUUAGCUGUAACGAAUCUCGUGACAACAGUUCUUCACCUGGCAACAACGUUAGAUUUGGUAAUGACUCCUGUCGAUCAUGGUGCUAAAAUUCAAGCUAGGUAUUUAGGUAUUUUAUUUAUUUGCCACACAAUUACAAUAAUUACUUAAAGAUGCCAAAAGAAAAAAAAAAAAUGUAGGAAGAGAUGGCGAGGAGGCCUAAAAGAAACUAUAGAGCUUAUGUUAAUUAGGCCUCCUCAAUUACAAUUUUUCGAAGAUGGCAUAAAAAUUACGGCGACGGGUACAAUAUAAUAUCAGGUGAAAAAUUAAACUAAUCAAUAUUACGGAAGUUUACAUGUACAAAUGUUGAAUAUUAAAAGGCUUUUUCCCAAGAUUUUUGUUGAAGUAUACUAAUAAUUAUUACAAAUAAAUGCCUUAAGCGCUCUUUUAAAGGAGAAAGGUGAGGAAGCGUUGAUGAUGUUGGUGUUUAAGGUGUUGUAAAAUUUAGGUCCUUGAUAAAAAACGGAAAAUUGCUUGGUUCGAGUACGACAGAAAGGCAGACGAAAUUUACACGAGUUUCUUGUAUUAUACGAAUGAAUUUGACUUUGUAAGGUAAAUUUACAAUGAAAUUUUAAAGGUAGAGUAUGGUUUUGAUAGGAGUACAUGAAUAAGCCUAGUUGUAUUAAGUAUAUAUCAUGAAAUUUUAAGAUACCAAGAUUUUGAAAGAUUGGAUCAGUAUGUGCAUCGAAAGUGGUUUUAGCUAUAGUUCUGAUCACUCGUUUCUGUAAAAUCUCAAGACGAAUAAGGUUAGUUCUGUAAGUAGAGGCCCAAACUAAGUUGCAGUAAAAAAGGUAUGGAUAGACUAAAGAAAAAUAUAGUGUUCGUAAGGUUUUCGUUGAUAAAUAGAAACUGGAUUUACGAAUAAUUCCUGUGCAUUUAGAAACUUUAUUGGCGACAUGUGAGAUUUCAGAUUUCCAAUUCUAAAGAUAUCUUCGGAAGAACGCCAUUGCAUGUGGCUGCUGAAAAGGGACAAACCGACACAGUAAACUAUCUUUUAGACCGUGGUGCUGAUGUUAACUCAAGAGACAAGGAUGGUUUGUUGGCCCUGUACUAUGCUCUAAAGGGAGGUCAUGCUAACACAGCCAAGUUUCUGAUUGACAAAGGUAGCGAGUCCUUGCUUUCAAACGAUCCAAACCUUUUAGGGUUUUAUGAAGCUGACUUGUUACAAUCCUCUGCCAGAGAGGGUUUAGUAGAUAUUGUAGAAUUCCUUUUAAACAGUGGUGUAUAUGUGGAUGCCGUCCCCAGCAACGGUGAUUCCUUGCUGACUCCUCUUGAGGAGGCGGCAAGCACCGGACAUUGCGAUGUGGUGAAUGUGCUCCUAGAACAAGGAGCCGACAUUAAUGGGAAUGUUAGCUCAAGAAGAGAACGUCUACAAGAAAAGCAAAAGGAGUCGGACUCGUGGGAGGAUGUCAAUUACUGGGGAAAUAUGUCUCCGCUAUACGCUGCCUUACACGAAGGCCAAGGUAAAGCUGCUGAAAUUCUAAUAGAGUGCGGGGCUAAUGUUCCAGACUUGAGUAGUGGCGAAUUUCAUUCUUUAGUUGAUCUUGCUGCUAAGUAUGGCCUGUUCGAUGUUCUUAAAUUACGUGGUAAUUAUUCAUUCGACUACAUGAAAGGAUUUCUUUUAAAAGAUGGGAACACCAUUUUGACGUCAGCCGUUGAUCGGAUGGAUUUUGGGUUAGUUUCUCGUCUUUUACAAAACGGUAUGGAUGUAAAUGCAAAGGAUGAAGAUGGACAGUCGGCGCUACAUGGCGUUUUUUUUUUUCAAGUAAGCAAGGAUUAGAUCCACAUAUGACCAUGGAAAUGUUUAAGCUUCUUGUUUCGUUUGGAGCCGACAUCAACGCCUUAAACAGUACAUUUGAAGCUCCACUUCAUUUUGCGGUAAAACAAGGCGUGGGAAAAGUUAUCGACCUUCUUCUCGAGCUCGGCUGUGAGACGACCUUUAACGCCCCUCUCAGAGAAUCUCCUCUUUUCCUUGCUGUUGUAAAAGGACAAUACAAACUUGCAGAAAAGUUGCUUCAGUGCGGUGCAGAAGUCAAUCAAAAACGCGGUAGAGAUGAACGUACACCUAUACAUACCGCUGUACAUAGCUUCAGUAAUUGCCUUACAGCACAAGUUUUGUUACGAUAUGGUGCGGAUUUGGGAGUUAAAGAUGUUUUUGGGGAAACACCUCUUUCUUUGGCAGCAGAAACAGACCAUGAAAUGGUCCAGUUGUUUCUGAAUUGGGGAAGCAAAGUCAACACAAGAAACAAACUUGGCGAGACUCCACUUAUGAAGGCCGUCAAACAUUCUGAGGUUUUGAUCGUAAAGACUUUGCUGGAACAUGGAGCCUCAGUUAACGCUACUGACCAACACGGAAGAUCCCCAUUUCAUCAUAUGGCUGAUGGCGAUGUAGAAGUCUGCAAGAUUCUUCUAGACUAUGCAGGCUCUGAAGUAAAUAUAACUGAUUACAAUGGAGAAACACCUUUACAUCAAACAACAUAUGACCCGGACAUAGUGAAGAUGCUUCUUGAUGAAGGCGCAGACGUGGACGCUAGAGACAAACGAAGUCGUACCCCUCUGCAUGCAGCUUCUUAUGAAGGUGAUUGUAGUUCUGUUGAGUUGUUGAUUGAACAUGGUGCUGACAUUAACUUUGCCGAUAAUCAAGGCUGGACGCCUUUACACAUGGCUGCUGCUGGUAAAAAUUGCGAAGCUACCGAGGUUUUGAUGCAGAAUGGUGGUGACAUUGCAGCCAUCGAUAAAACUGGCAGAACUGCUCUGCAUUUGGCAGGAAAAAGUGGUAGCCAAUUAAUGAUUCAGUUGCUGGUUAGCCAUGGAAGCGACCUAAAUUUAAAAGAUUACAAGGGACAAACAAUCCUUGGUGCAAUCUUCGACUGCAGUUACUCGGAAACGUUGGACUACGGUUACUGGGACAUUGUAAAAUACUAUCUCGAACACGGAGGUCACAAGUUCGCUGUCGAUGAAGCAACGGGUCGAACAACUCUUCACUUUGCUGCAAGUCAUCGGUUUGUUUCUACCUUUGACGACCUGUUAGACCAAGGAUUGGAACUCGAAGCAACAGACAAGAACGGUGAAACUCCUUUACACAGGGCAGUAGCAAGCGGAACCGAGGAAAUGAUACAACAUCUGGUGAAUAGAGGGGCUGAUGUAUGUGCUGUUAACAAAAGAGGGCAAACACCAUUACUUGUCUGCUUAACCCGCCACAGGAAUAAUUUUUUAUUAAAACUAAACCCAGACGUGCAAAAAGCAGACGAUUAUGGGAACACACCCCUUCACCUUGCUAUAUACUGUCCACGAAAUUCACAAGAAAUGUUUUAUGAUCCUUCGACCUUUUCUAUAGACGACGUAAGCUUUCUGUUAAAAGCGGGAGCCGAUAUUCAUUUCCAAGAUAAGCAAGGAAACACACCACUUCAUGUUGCAGCCGUGGAAGGUAGAUAUGACAUUGUGGAGCUGCUCAUCAAGGAAGGCAGCAAAGUUAACUCAACGAACGUACAGGGACGAACGUGCCUGCACAUGGCGAGUUAUUCUGGUGCGCUUAAUAUUGUGCAGACACUGGUUGCUCAUGGAGCAGAACUGAAUGCUGUUGAUGAACUGGGAUGUACACCGCUGCACGUCGCAUUGACUUUUCAUCGUUAUUGGCUUGUGGAGCUUCUUUUGAAACACGGUAGUAAUCCUAAAGCAGUUGAUUAUAAAGCUGCAACUCCUCUCCACGUGGGCUGCUCCUAUGAAGGUGACAUUGACAAGUGGAUGGAAGUUCGUACCAACGAGGGCUGUUGUUUUGUUUCCACGGAUGAAUGGGUGUCAACAAUGAUCAACCACGGAAGGUAAAUUACGUAGGUAGUUUGCCGUACAAAAGCUACAAUCAGCGAGAAAAUUAUUUGGGGCACUUCGCCCUUAAAGGGCUUUCUGACGUUUUACUGACUUCAAAAGGGGGAAAUAAAACUUCUAGCUACCUGUAGAAAAUAACAAGCACCCGAACUUUGAGUAGAAGGAAGGGGGAGGGGUGUGAAUUCUUUUGCUCUCUGAGGUUACCCUGGUUGAGGGGGAACACUUCGCCCUAAAGCGGCUUUCUGACUUUUAUUGACUUGAAAAAGGGGAAAUAAAGCUUUUCCUCCCCUAUCUCCUCCAGGAAAUGUUGUGCCAUUUGACUACAACGUCUCAACAAUUUUGAUGAUUUUGUAGAUGCAUAGUUUUACAGGCUUAUCGAUACGGUGAUUGCUAAAACCUUCAACCCCUGUCAUGUGGCAGAGGAAAUAAAAUUGUUUCUUAUAGAACUACACUUCCACCAUGAAGGGGUUGGUUUCUAAAGAACCUGUGGUGUAGCGGUCCCUAUUAGAAGAGGUUUCUCACUGCAGAAGAAAAAUGAGAAGAUGGAGAGAAACGUCUGCCCGCUUUCGACGCAUUUCCUAUCACGCAUGCGCUGGUGUAUUCUUAACAACCAGUGACGGUUCGUUCAUGUACGACAGGACUAACGGAAAACAACGCACCAAUUGGCGAAUCAAACGUAUUGCCUCGUUUCAGGGAGCCAAGUAUGACUUUCACUUGCCGGAAAGUUAUUUCCUUUACAUCUAUUUUUUCCCAUAAAUUAAAAAUAGAUGAUUUUACUGCCUGCUGAAAUGCAAAACUAGUAAACUUGCGGAGUUCAUAGAGGCAAUAACAAAUUUGCGCUUAUACGUUUCCAGCAAAUGGUCUCAGCAGGGCUCGUGACCUCCACAUUACACGAAACUGGCUUUUGAAAAUACUCAGUUUCGACCAUAAAGAUGGUCGGCGGCUACAUAAAAGAAAGAGUCAGCGCGGGAUAUGGGGAGGGGCGUAAGAGGACUCGGUGUUUCCUCAUUCUUUCUCUCUACGUGAGAGUCCUUUGCUAGCAGACGAGUGUGAAAUCUUUCAAUUUGGUUUCAUCAACUUAGUUGAUAAAGUAGACCGUUUCUGCUAAAAUCUUCGAGAUGUUGAGAAAAAUACCCAAGACCAUCGUAUCUUCAAUAUUGUCAAUCAUUCCAGUCAUAACAUCAUGGCAAUCUGCGGUCCCUCUCUUCGCAAAGUCAAAAACGCGAAAAGCCGUUUUCACUUUUCAGCCAUCGAACCAUUUCACCUCUUCAGUGUGGUGUAAGAUAUUCCCUUUACAUUUAGGCUAAGUUUAGGCUAGAGGAGGUCACCACUGGGAGAUUCGGGUCUCCAGCCCACCUCUAUUGAAUAAAACGUACUGCGACUCUCACGUGUUACUUACAUGAAAGUUUCGUUUUCAGUGAUCUCGAGGCUAGAGACAUCAGAGGAUGUACCCCACUUCACAUGUGUGCUGUAUUUGAUCGAACAAAAAUUGCUCGCCGUCUUCUUAAACAUGGAGCUAACGCCGAUGCGAGAGACAAUGAAGGGAGCACUCCUUUGCACCUUUCUUCAGUUUUCGGUGGUGACUUAGAUUCAGAAGAUGGUGAGUGCGAUAUGGUUUCGCUGCUACUUGAACAUAAUGCGAACAUCACCUUAAGGGAUUCUGAAGGAAGCAUCCCUCUCCAUACAGCCGCGGCAUUUGGUAAGACUGGAAUGGUGCGACGAUUGAUUCUUAAAGGCAGUGAUGUAAAUGCGGUCGACGGCAAUGGAGUCACACCACUACACGUGUCUGCAGGCUCAGGGCACCUGAAUGUUGUCCGCUUGUUGGUGGAUAAUGGAGCAGAUUUGUUUGCUGUCGAUAAGGAAGGCCUUACAGCAGCGGCAUGUGCUGAGAAGUUUGGUUAUAACGAAACGAAGCAGUUUCUUGAAGAGAGUCGCUCCCGGUGCUCGUAAUUUUCUAUUGUCAUUGUUUGUGUAACAUAUGAUGUAGGCUAUUUCUGAAUUUCCAAAACUCUCCCUUACAAAACGAGGCUAAGUAGUAAACGUUUCUUGUGAAAACGACUUUUAAUUCCGUGAGAAUAGAAUAUUAUUUUCAUAUCAACAGCUUCGCACUUAUAGGCUUGGGGCCACUCGGAAAUGGCUUAAUUAUGUCUCAAAAUUUUGAUAGAAAAAAAAGGGGGUGGGGGAGGGAAGCCAUGAUGGUUGUUUAAGUACCCAAUAUGCGAACGCGAGUAUAAGGAAACGGUUAUCAGGAACAAACGUUUUAUAAAACUCGAACGCUUGUGCUUUGAAAUUCGGAUCGUGAAAACAUUUUUCAAACAUUAGAGAUGAAAACAUAUGCAUAUUGCUGUAAAAUGUUUUAAACUACGUUAAACUGAUUUAUUGUAAACUAUUUUAUAAUUAUGUUCUCUUCCAUGAUGAUAAUGUGUUUGAAUUCACGGGCGUUUUGUUGUUAUUUGAGUAGAGAAUAGUCUACGUGUAGUCA